GCGUUUCUCCUUGUGUUUGUAUUUACUUGUAUAGAUUUGAUUUGCUGCAAAAAACUGAAGGUAUGAAGAAGAUCUUGCUAUAAAAACCGGUUACAUGGACAAAAUUAAAUUAAUAGAAGGUAUAACAAUAGCCACAGAAGCUUUCAGUUGUGCGAUAUUCAUGCAUUUAUCCGGUAAAAUAUUGGAAAAAUUAGGAUAUGGUUAUACUUUUACUCUUUUUCUCGUAUUUUAUUCUCUACGGCUGGGAUUAAUAUCUAUAGCACCAACACCAUGGUGGAUAAUUCCAAUAGAAUCUUUAACAAUAGGACCAUCAUAUAUACUUUGCCACGUAACAUCAGUAGCGUACGCAAAUGUAAUAUCGUCAUCUAAUGUAUCUGUUUCUAUUCAAGGAAUUAUAUCAGGAAUGAAAGAUGGUUUCGGUCGCUCUAUUGGUAGUUUGGUUGGGAGUAUAUUAUUGAAAAAAUUUGGUGGUGCAUUAACUCUACAAAUAUUUUCAAUAUUUGCAGCAUUUUGUUCGCUAGUGUAUCUUUUAUUUUACCUUAUAUACUUAAAACAUGAAAUACCAGGUACACAAAAUAAUAUUGGAUGGAAAAAACCUGACGAUGCACGAAAACAUUGUGUUGUAGCAGAAUGAUAAUACGAGAUGUGUUUUUUAUAUAUUAUUUUUUAUUAUUUAAGUAGAUAUCGUC